AUGCCCACAAUGACACGGAUGCAACGGCACUCGAGCUCAAGUAAUGGCGUCGAGGAGACGCGCGGCCGUCGGCGCAAUAAGGCAAUGCCCGGCGACGAUGCCAACAAGGAGAACUUUGGUGUGCACUUCACGAGCAGCCCGUUUGGCAACAGCAGCCUGAUUGCCCUGCAGGACCUGAGCAAUGUGCAUGGCAAGAGUCCGCAGCGUCGCAGCUUCAGUGAGGGCAGCGGACCACGUCAAGCGACGCCUCAACUGGCAGCGCUGCGCUGCCUGCCCCGCAUUCCUGGACAGGCACAAGCAGCAGCAGCAGCAGCUACAGCAACAGCAGCAGUCAGUCUGGAGGAUUCACAAUUGUCAUCGUCGCGAAUGGGUGAUACCACAUUGGAUCGCAUGCUGGACGCGAUCAUUGAGUCGGCGCGCAAAGAGGUCCGUUGCAAGCAUCAAGCGGUAACAUCAGCGUCAACGCUGGCGGAUGGGGAGUGGAGCGAGAGCAGCGUCCAUGAGAUGGAGGUGCGCACACCCACACACCUGAAGCGGCAGCGUGUGGUGCGGCGCAAGAAUCAGCAGAAGAGCAGCAAACAGCAGCACAGACGCAACGACAGUCAGGGCCAAGUGGCCAGUCAGAAGUUGGGGCAAUUGGCAAACAGACCACCCAGCUUGGAGCAUAUACCCAGCAUUAAGCGUUGCCUCAGCUUCUCCUCGAGUUCCGCAUCCAGCGAUCUGGAGGAUGACGAGCACUUUGCCAAACGCGGCUCCAUGGCAUCCUGUGCCUCCUCCUCCUCCUCCUCCGCCUCCGCCACCUCCUCAGCCUUUGCCUCAGCUUGCGCAAGCAAUGGCGAGCAUCAGCCACAUCCACAUCCACAUGCAAGGGGCAGCAUUGAUUUGAGCAUCGGCUACGAUGCACAACAGCAACAAUUAAAUGUACAUGUUAUACGCUGUCGCGAUCUGCAGCGCACACACGGCACGGGCAGCAUCAAUGCGUACGUCAAGGUGGCCCUGGCAACCAUCAACAGCAGCACCAGCAGCACCAUCAGCACCACAACUACCAACAGCAGCAGCAACAACAGCAGCAGUGGCAGCGGCGCAGGCAGCAACAGUUCGAGUCGCUUCCAGCGGACCGCCGUCCAUCGCCAUUCGAGUCGUCCGUAUUUUGAUGAGCGCUUUAGCUACCAUCUCCAGGAUGUUAUGCUGUCCACGUCGCAGUCGCCGCAGCCGAUGCAACUGCAGCUGGCCGUUUGGCAUCGGGAUCGUCAUUUAAACUGUCUGCUCUGCAGCAAACUAACCAAAAACACCAACGACACCAGCAACAACAACAACAACAAAUGCGAAAAAGUAAGCAGUGAGUUCCUGGGCUGCCUCACAUUUCCAUUGAGCGCUUUAGUGCAGCAGAGCCAUUGCGCAACGGGAUCGUACAAGUUGCACUCGCAGGGAUGCCUUCAUAGCUGCCGCAUCAAAUCGCACGCCGCCCAACCAACAGCCAACGUUACAUUCACAAGCACCGCCAGCCACCGUCGACAUCUCGGGCAGGAGGAGGAGGAGGAGCAGCAGCAGCAGCAGCAGGAGCAGAAGGAGCAGGAUAAGGAGCAGGAGCAGGUGCAGGUGCAGGAGCUGGAGCCCGAGAAGAAAUCGCAAUCCGGCUUAGUUAGACCCACAGCAGUGGCCGUUAUAUCGAAUAUGUCAACGAUGGCGGCACCAAUGAAACCAAAUGCCGCCGCCGCCGCCGCUGCUGCUGCUGUUGGUAGUGCUAGUGCUGGUGCUACUGCUAUGAGUGAUGAUGUCAUCAGCAUCAGCAUUGAUAGCAUGACAGUCGUUGGCAAGGAUGAUAUACAAGUACAGCUGCAACAGCAGCAGCAGCAGCAGCUGUCACAUCAUCAGCCGAUGGUGCUCAGCAAGAAGGCGCUGCAUCAGCGCGAUGCCGAUGAGAAUCUCUUUUUGCGUUUCCUCGAACUUGAUCCGCCCGCUGAUGGGAAUGCGAAUAGCACCACUGGCAAUGGCACAGGCAUCGGCACUGGCAAUAUCACUGGCUUUCCAGGCGGCGGCAGUGCGUCCAAUGCUUCCAAUGCCAAUGCCAGCAAUGCAAAUCAUAUGAAUGGCAGCAAUACGCGCCGCUGCUCAACACUGGUCCAACGCCAGCCGACGGGUCGGACGCCGUUCACGAUGACGAAACGUUUGACUAGAACGGAGGAGCGCGGAUUUGGUUUCUCCAUUGUGUGGACGCAUCCGCCGCGAGUGGAAAAAGUCGAGGGUGGCCUGUCAGCGGAUCGAUGCGGCAUAUUGCCGGGCGACUAUGUCAUCUUUGUGGACAAGCACAAUGUGGUCACGAUGCCCGAGGCUGAUGUUCUGAAUUUGAUACGAUCGCAGGGCUCGUCCUUGACGUUGGAGAUAUUCAGAAGGUCAGGCGCGGGCGCCAGCAUCGCCGGCACGCAUCCCACCAUCACGACGGCAACAUCCCAGCAGACACCAAUCCACAUCCAGUCGCAGCAAUCUCAGCCACAGCGUCAACAGCAGCAGCAGCAGCAGCAACAGCUGUGUGGACUACUCAGCGAGGAGCAGACAACGAGCAGUGGUCCGGACCGUGUGAUGGUUCAGCGUACGGGAAUUAGCGUCCAGCGUCCACAGCUAUUGGGCAGCACGAUGUCCAGACCGGCGACCGCCUGCUCCGGCACCAACUCAUCCAUUGAGGCGGCCAAGCGGCGACUGCAUCUGCCUCAGGUUACGUUCAGCAAGGAGUCGAUUGUGCCCAUAACGGAUAAUCGGCGUCGCUUUCUGCUGCAGCUCAUCAGUCGGGAGCAGAACUUUACGGCUGCUCUACAUUUUGGGGUGCAGCGUUUUGUGCAGCCUCUGUCGGAUCGGAAGGAUCUGAUAUCGCCGAAUGAUCAUCGCACUCUGUUCCAGAACAUCGAUGAGCUGCUGCGCAUUGCCGAGGACAUACUGGAGCAGCUGUGCAGCAACGAUCCGCAGGAUCAGGAGCCGCACAUGAACUUCGCCUCACGCGUCUAUCUGUCCAAGACGACGGCGAUAUGUGCGGCCUACAAGAAAUAUUGCAAUGGCAUCAAGCGGGCCGAUUGCGUACUGGUCAAUAAGUCACGGCAGGCGGGCUCCGAGUUCAUAGCGUUUAUCACAGAGCCGGCUGUGCCACGGAAGCGACCCGAUCUCACCAUGUUCAUACACCGACCGCUACAGCAUUUCCGUGAAAUUCUCAAGCUGAUGCAGCUGCUCGCAAGCAACUGUCACGUCGAUACGGAGGAGCACAAGAACUUUAGCACUGUGAUCGGUGAGCUGCAGGCUGCCUAUCGCGAGAUAACCGUCAGCAGCGGCCUGAUGGAGCCACUGGGCGAGGGUCGUCCACUGUUGACUCUGCAGGAUCUCGAAUCCCGGAUGGUCUUCACCAAAUGCAAACCGUUCACGUUGGCCGUCCAGGGCCGCCAAUGGAUAUUCGGCGGUGAUCUGUCCCGGGUCGAGGGUCGGUCAAUUAAACCAUAUUGGACGCUGCUCUUCAGCGACAUCAUUGUGUUUGCCAAGGUCAGUCGGGAUCGGGUGCUGUUCAUCACCGAGGAGCCCAUACCCAUUGCCAAUGUGGUCGAUUCCUGUUUUCACAUGCGCAAGAAGACUACCGAGUUUCGUCUCACUGUGGAUCCCAAUGGUCGACUGGCUGAAAGCCCGACGGGUUAUUGUGCUCCGGACUUAACGCGCACGCCCAGGCGUGGCGCGAGGCGAAAAAGUCUGAUCCUGCGCGCCCCAUCACUGGAGCUAAAGGCCGUCUGGCAGAAUCUGUUGCAGCGUCAAAUAUUUUUGGUGAAUGCCGCCUUGGGGUCAACACCAUUGUCCAGUCCGCUGGACUCGCCGGAUGUGCUGAACACGCUGGUGCCGCUGAGUGACAUUGGGAUGACCUCCGCAUCGAUGGGCUCAAUGAAGCUGCCAUCGCUGGACAGCAUCAACUUGAAACAGCAGAAACAGCAGCCGCGCAGCACAAGCCAUGGCCAUGGCCAUGCCGUGGAGCAGAUCGAGCUGCUGAUAGAUGAGAAGUGCCGCAUACUCAACAAGACGGGCACACCCAAGUCGAGUGCACUGCAUCUGGCGAACUGGAUGAAGGGCCAGCUGGACAAGCAGCAGCAGCAGGCGCGUCUGGCAGCCGUUGCCCGCAGCUCCCAGGAGAAUGUGAGCGCCGAGGAUGAGCAAUUAAUAUUUAGCGAUAGCGAGCAGGACGAACGAAUCACGUAUUGGACGCGCCAGCAGCUGGAGAAGCGCACCAAGGAGCUCAAUCUGGCCAAAGAGAAUGGCGCAUUGUCCGCCAAGCCAAACUUUGGCGGCAAACGACUCAGCGGCGUCGAGGAGCUCAGCAUGAGCGCCAUAUCCGACAUAUACUCGGAGGCCGAAGCUGAGGUGGACGUCGAGGUGGUGCCUAGCCAAAUUAGUCAAUCCCACAGCACCACAUCGGACAGCCAGAUCACCGUGCGCUCGAGUCCCAUAGUGCUCGACAAGCUGGCCGUGUGCCGUCACUGCCACAAGAAUUGCCAGCAGAAUGCGGCGAACGGGGGACGUGGCAUCGUUGGGGCAGCUGGUGGUGCAGCCGGUUCCUCGUCGCUGCUGUGCACAUCGCUCAAGGUGCAGCACAGUCAAUCUUCGCCGAAUCGUUGCUGCAAGCUAAAUGGAGCAGCAAGCAAUGGGCCAGGCGAUGGCACUGCCAUUGGUACUGGUACUGGUACUGGCACUGGCACUGGCACUGGACGGGGCACCGGCAGCGUGACUAGCAUGUCCAGCAGCACCAUCACCGGUGAGCUGUCAUCCAAGGUAGUCGCUAGCAGUAGUCGGCGAGAAACGGGCGACACCGAAAGCGAUGUGGCCCAACUAAUCACCGAUGAACUGUCGCUGUCGCAAUCAGAGGCAACCGAUGACAGCGUCGGCGCCAUGCCCAACAGCAGCAGCAGCAGCAGCGCCAUUGUGGCCAUCGUCGACACAAAGCUACGAGUUCUAGAUCCGCAGCCACUGGCCAAUGGUCAUUGCUACGGCGCCCAUACAUCCGCCUCCGUCUCUGCAUCUGCAUCUGCAUCUGCAUCCGUAUCCGCAUCCGUUACUGCGUCCCCGCCCAAGGUGCUGCCACAGCCGCCGCCACGUCGCACACGUAUGGUGGCCCAUCUCAGCCAGGAGCCGGCGCGCCCACGGGCCAAUCAGCAGGUCAAGGCCAUUGUGACCAUUACGGAAACGGCGCGCAUUAUGCGCAGCACCGAGCUACGUGCCACCACCAACACCGUGUCCGGCUCGAGCUCGGCUUCUAUUUCCGGCUCACCAGCCAAAUACGCUGCCUGUCACUGUCGCUGUGCUCCCGAGGAUUUCACACAGUCCCAACUCUCGCCGGACAAAAUGGAGCAGCAAACAUGCAAGCUGCUGGAGUCGCCCAAGCAGAUGGCAACAGCUGUGCAGCGCCAGGAGGAUGACCAGCUAUCCUUGAUGCUUAUCGGACUGGCACAAUUUGCGCCCGCUGCCCAACUGUGCGGUGCUGCUCACGAGAUGGAACACAAGGCAUCGGCGCCAACGAUUGCUGUAGUUCCAGCCACACCGGAUGCAAUCCUCACCAAGACCAGCACAAAUGUCUGGGAUAAUAGCAGUGGCGGUGCUCUCGAUCAUAGCACAGGCAAUGGUACUGGCACAGGAACUGGUACUGGAGCUGGAGCUGGAACAGAAACGAGUACAGGAACAAUAGCAGGUGCAACAACAAAUACAGAAGCAACAACAACAACAACAACAACGGCAACCACAUCGACAACAACAACGAAACAGCCGAGGCAGGCAAUCAUUGAGAACAUACCGGAGGAUUCGUGCGAUGAGUCGCCUUUGGAGGAGGAGCCACCUUAUCGGCCGAUGAGCAAUGCGCUGCGUCGCUAUGGCACUAUGUCCAGUCUGGAGAAGCUACCCUCCGACGAGGUGGACGACGAUCUCGAGACGUAUACACAGAAUGGCCUCAACGAUAACGAUGCCGACAACGAUGGCGACGAUGACGACGACGAUGAUGAUGAUGUGGAUGAUGUGGACGAUGUGGACGAUGCAUUGGCGGACAAGGCGCUGGCGCAUAAUCUAAAUGAACUGGCGCCCGGCUGCUCCACGGCUGGGAGCAAUCUCACCAAUGGCGAUAUACUAGCCAGCGGUGCAUGGACGAAUCGUGCCGGUGCCUUUGUCAGCGACAAAAUGUCCUUCUUCGAGGAGUCGCGUGCAUUCAUUGACAAGUACUUGGGCCGCUGGAAUGCCAAUGAGGAGCAGCAGCACCUAACCGCCAAUCAGACCGCCUCCGAGACGGAUGAACAGUUAGAUGACUGCACCUCGGGUGCCACCAGUGGCGAGGAGGUCUGGGGCACGCCCACCAGCGGCGGCGACAACGAUGAUAUGCAGCUAAUCAACUCGGAGAACACGCAUUCGUCACCCACCAAAUCGAGCACCUCGCUGAACGAUGACGACGACACGGAGCUAAUGAUGGAUGAGUUGCUGAUGGCGCCGCCAAUGACGGCGAGCACCAUUCGAGGAUUAUUGCCACGUUUUUACAGACGCCGUCUUGAGCCCCUGUUCGAGGAGGAGACCGAAAGCGACGAAGAGAAAACCCAACAGGACAGCGAUGACAUCAAAAAGGGGGAAGCAACGACAAAUGGCCACUACCUAGAGGAUUUGGCUGGAAGUUCAAGCGACGAGGCAGCCCCAGCAGCGUCCAACAGCAAGAACAGCAACAACAGCAACAACAACAACAACAACAACAAGCUGUAUCAGGAGGAUCCGGAAAUGGAUAUGGAUCUGGAUCUAGAUAUGGAUAUGGAUAUGGAUUUGGAUGCGGAGCCACACUCCAGCGAGGAGCGUCUGCAACCGAAUUUGGUCACACCACCAUUGGGUCCGAGACCGUUGACCACCACCACAAUGAUUUUACCCACCACCGCCAUAGUGGCGCCACCGCUAGUGGCCUCAUCCUGCGAGUAUCUACUCGAACAGCGCCCGUCUCUGCGCACGGCACCAUCAUCAACACUGAUCACGACCACGACGACAUUAACGACAUCAACGACAUACGCGAUGUGCACGACGAGAACGACGACGAUGACGACGACGACGACGAUGAUGAUGAUGAGUACGGCGAUGCCGACUUUGAGCAGCAGAAUCAAGGAACCAGCGACGACGGUGAGUCGAGCUCCCUCAUCGACUACUACAACAAUCAGCAGCGGGAGCGGCACUAUCAACAGCGUCGCCAGAGUCAUCGUCAAGCCACCGAGAUUUAUACCACCACCACCGCCACCUCGUCGUCUAUUGCUCACGCAGACAAAUCUAAGCGCUGCAGCAAUCAAAACGCAGCCACCUCAAAGAAAAUCUGGCGCUACUGCUGACAGUGGCUACUCGGCGGAUGUCGUCGACGCCGUCAACGCUUCGCCCACAACCGUUACCGGGUCAAGGACAACGCCUGUGAGUACCAGAAUCUCUGCACAGUCAGUGGGAUCAGCGGUGCCGUUGGCGGUUGCAGCACCGGUGCCCGUCCCAAAACGCCCAUCGUCAACGAUAAUCGAGACCUGCCUGCUGGGUGCCGCAGCGCCGGCCGGCUCCACCACUUCAUCAGCAACAGUCUCGAGGAUAGCAAGGCCGAUACGCCCGACCAGCAAACAGAGCUGCCCAGCUGCAGCGGCAACGGCAGCCGGAGUGGACGCAAUCGGUCCACGUUCGUCGGUCGCUGCCCCAGCGCCGCACAUUGGCUGCGGUCUAAGUCCAAGACUGGAAAUGCGUCUGGCACUCAACCACGACAUUCUCGGGGACGAGGACUUGAUCUGCUACGAGCCUGGUCCAGAUCUAACAACUAUUCUGGGGCACGACCUCUCCACAUUUCAUCGACUGACGGGUCGCGAUUUAUUGAGUCGUUCAGCCACGAAUCGGGUGCAGCCAAGAGAGGCUGUCAUAUCGUACUCUCAACAACGCAACUCCAAGAUGGAUACACCGACGGUGAAUCGGCGACCACGUCCCGCCCUGUCAACAGCCGGCAGUCAUGUGUCCGGGGGACAGAGGAGUCACAGCAGCAGCAGCCACGGAAGUCCGCACGCCGGUGGUUCAGCUCGUGCCGUCGUCGGUCCACAACGCCCGCAUCCAAAUCCAAAUACAUGGAACAGUUUUGCAUAUGUGGGUCGAGCAGGCGGCGGGAGCGAAAGCGUCGCCGACAACAGCACAAGCUGCAGCAGCAACAACGGCGCGAGCAAAUUAGGCGAUCUGGAAAUCUUAGCGAGACGCGAGAAGAUAUACUGCAUGUCUCAAUCGAGGAGUGGCUAUCAAGUCAGGGCGACAUCCGCGACAACAACAACGCAAAUGACAACGAUCCAGACGACGACGACGAUGGCAACGAGACGCGACUGUUUCUUGCCAACGAGCCGAGCAGCAGCAGCAGUCUCUCUGACGAGGACGACGAGUACUAUUUCGAUGGACGCAGUGGCAGCAACAACAACAACAUCAACAUCAACAGCAACAACAACAACAACAGCAUCAACGACAACGACAACAACAAUGACUGAAGCGUGCCUCGAAACGGAAGCGGGCAAAUCGAAUCGCCUCAUUAACUUUAUCAAGCGCCGCAACAGCAACAGCAGCAACAGCAAUCCCAACCACUCUGACAGCAUAUUCGCUAACGACUCUCAGCAACAGCAGCAGCAGCAGCAGCAGCAGCAACCGUUGCAGUUGCAGUUGCUGCCACCGUCGAGCAGCCAGCAGCUGCUUAGACAGUCUCAGUCAGCUCAGGGGCCGGAUAAUGCGGACAUGGCACCAAUGUCGCCACGCAAAGACAACGACAAGCCCUCACUGAAUCGCCGCCUGUGGAAGCAAAUCACCAAACGAAGACGCACCAACUCCGUAUCCCAGAUAGUCGCUGGCUAGAAACCCAGCUACUCGACACACACUAUGUCUCUCUCUCUCUCUCUCUCUCUGUCUCUCUCUCUCUUUUUCUUUCACAUGUUUAGAUAGAUACGUAUCUGCGAACAGAUGUGUGAUAUUUGCCAGCGUAAAGCUUUCAUUGUUUUACGUACAUAUAUAUUCAUUCAGUUAAGAGUUAGUUUAGUUUUCAGAUUUCUCAAGAGAAAGAGAGAGAGCGAGAGAGAGAGAGAAUGAGAGAGAGUGAGAGAGAGAUGCUUUACUUUGGCGCUAGAGCAGUAACUGUGCAGCAAUAAGUCAACCAAGAGAACUUGAAGCUUUCCCGUCCUGGCACUAAAUCACAACAAUUUCAGUGUGCAUUUCCACUGCUAUGCAUUAGGCUACUUACUGCUGGUUGUCUUAGUCUGCCGUAGUCAAUAGUAAAUAGCAAAAAGCACAGUUUCCAUUGUAAUGCAGAAAGUUACUGGGAAAUAAUUGAACAAAACGCAAGUAAACUUUUCAAAUAUAUCAAUGUUCAAUCUCAAAGUGUUUCCAAUGUGUUAAUGCAGUUUGUUACUGCAGCCACCAGGAGAGAGACGACAGUCGACAGUUGGCAGUCGAAAAGUGGUGCGUUGCCACUGCAAACGUUUAAUUGCUGCCAAUGUGAGAAUGGUCUGCAAAUUGUUUUAACUGAUAUUUAGAUACAUUGAGCGAAAAUCCAUCAAAACGAAUACGAUCAAACGACAAUGAAGACGAAGAAGAAGAAGAAGAAGAAUUAUGUAAAACUUAUGCUAAGUUUUUUGAUACAAUUUGUAGGUAGUGAAACAACCCAAAAAACGAAUGAUGGACGCUACUAGUCUAAUUGCGUCCAAGUCCAAUGUGACUCCUGCCAAACAGCUGGGCAACAAGUCGUACUAACUACAAUAGCCAGGCCAAGACCACAAAGCCAAACAGAAAAAAAAAAACAAAAAACAAAUUACUAAAAACAAAUAAACAUUGCUCUAACCUAGAAAUAAAUGAACAGCCAAAAGCAUAUUAGAGAAAAAUGAGACAUCGAAUGGAGUUGCCUGGAGGCAAAGCUUUAUUAACUGUUAUUUAACAAACACACAUUUAGCAAACAGCUAAUUGGGCGGGUCAUAGGGCGCACACACACUCACUCACACACCCACACACACACACACACAAACACAGACAAUUGAGCCAAAAGAAAUUUAGCAAAUAAUAUUAAUAAAUACUAGUGAAGCAUAUGAAAUAUGUUUAGACUAUUUUUUAGAGAGAAUUAUAUUGCAAUUGGUAGCAAGUUAAAUUAGCUUAGGUUCACACUAGAUUAUCUAUUGUGUAUGAGAGGCUUUUGAAUUGUGUUUCACUUUGUAUUCGAAUUUGUUUUCUUUUUUCGUUUUUUUUUUUGUAUCUUUGAUUCGUUCAUUCAUCAAUUAACAAUGAAAUUGCCUUACGUAUAAUAUUAACUAUUUAAUUGUAUUUGUAGCUUUAAAAGAAAGAGAAGAGAAGAGAAACCUUAUAACUUUAUACAUUUUAUGGCAUUUUGCAAUUGUCAUUUGUCCAGUAAAAGGUAAAAACCAACUUAAAAGUAAAAAAUUACAUUUAAAUCGUAAUCGUAGUUGCAGUAAAGCAGUUCAAAAUCAAUUUAAAAAAUAAAAAUCGCAUUUUUCUCAACUAUUUACAGCAUAUUUACAUGCAUUUUUGUCAGACACAGAUAGGAUACACACACUCACACACACACACUCACACACACACACACAGUCAGUGUUGAGGACAGGUUGUUGAGAGAGGGG